GGCUUGCUCUUUGGGAUGCUGAAGGUGCUAAAAUAGCAGCGAGGACAAGGGGCUUGGCUCAGUGUUAGGGAUCUGCCCCGCUGCCUGAAAGCCUGUGAGAUGACAAUAGGGAAAAUGGAGAACGUGGAGGUCUUCACUUCUGAAGGCAAAGGCAGGGGUCUGAAGGCCACGAAGGAGUUCUGGGCUUCGGACGUCAUCUUUGCUGAGCGGGCUUAUUCUGCAGUGGUUUUCGACAGCCUCGUUAACUUUGUGUGCCACACCUGCUUCAAGAGGCAGGAGAAGCUCCAUCACUGUGGGCAGUGCAAGUUUGCGCGUUACUGUGACCGCACCUGCCAGAAGGAUGCGUGGGUAAACCACAAGAAGGAGUGCUUGGCCGUCAAGAGAUACGGGAAGGUACCCAAUGAGAACAUCAGGCUGGCUGCACGCAUCAUGUGGCGGGUAGAGAGAGAGGGCACCGGGCUCACAGAGGGCUGCCUGGUGUCCGUGGACGACCUGCAGAACCACGUGGAGAACUUUGGGGAGGAGGAGCAGAAGCAGCUGCGGGUGGACGUGGAUACUUUCUUGCAGUACUGGCUGCCCCAGAGCCAGCAGUUCAGCAUGCAGUACAUCUCCCACAUCUUCGGCGUGAUUAACUGCAAUGGUUUCACGCUCAGUGACCAGAGGGGCCUGCAGGCAGUGGGCGUGGGCAUCUUCCCCAACCUGGGCCUGGUGAACCAUGACUGUUGGCCCAACUGCACCGUCAUCUUUAACAACGGCAAUCAUGAGGCAGUGAAAUCCAUGUUUCACACCCAGAUGAGGUGGGUCAGUUCUUGCAAACUUCCCUGCUCCUCUGACCCACCUCCCUCACUUGCCUGGUUCCCAAGAUGUCCCUUCCCAAGAUUCUGUGGCUGCUGUCUGUCUGUAU